GAAACCACAAUACUACUUCCUCUUUAUAAACGGUUCUAAAGAGAACCAUAACCAUGUUGUUUUUCUGUUUCAGUGUGUGACACUUUGAAUGACUGCUAAAUCGGUCACUGUCUUUGUUUGGUAGGUCUGCACCUCUCCAUACUGGUGGAAUGCAUCAUCUUUAUCUGCUGCUAAUGCUGUGCUUGGCAUUCUGGCCACGCUGCCAGCCACUGGAACAAGCAUCGCUGCGGUUUGUUGGGCUGGGGGACUGGGGAGGCAUCCCGUUAUUCCCCUACUACACCCCUCACGAGCAGGCCAUCGCUGCAGAGCUCGCCCGGACGGCACAGACUCUGGGAUUGGACUUUGUCCUCAGUCUGGGAGAUCAUUUCUACUACAAAGGAGUGGAGGACGUGAAUGAUCACCGCUUCAAGUGUACCUUUGAGGGUGUCUUCUCCCAUUCCUCGCUGGUUGACAUCCCUUGGUACUUGGUGGCAGGGAACCAUGACCACAUUAACAACGUCUCCGCUCAGAUCGCUUACUCGAGCAGAUCGAAGAGAUGGAGGUUCCCGGAGUUGUACUAUGAGCUCCAGUUCAAGGUUCCCCAGAGUAACGUGUCAGUGACCAUCCUGAUGAUUGACACGGUGGUGCUAUGUGGGAACACCUAUGAGGGGACCCAGCCCAAAAGAGAGGAAGUCCUGGGGGCUUCUGCCAAGCAGUUGGACUGGAUCAACUCCAGACUGGCAAACAGCAAGUCAGAGUUCCUUGUGGUGGCUGGUCACUAUCCUGUGUGGUCCAUUGGUCAUCACGGCCCUACAAAGUGUCUUUUGCGUAGACUACGGCCUCUGCUGAAGAAGUAUAAUGUCACAGUCUACCUGAGUGGCCAUGACCACAGCAUACAGUUUAUCAGAGAGCAUGAUGGGAGUCCCUACGUGGUCAGCGGCAGCGGGAACUUUGUAGACCUAUCCACCAAACACGUCAAGACCUUCCCGUCGUCAUGGCAACGGUUCUCCAACGCUGUCAACCUUACGUCCGGAGGAUUCGCUUACUUUGUAGUCACAGAGAACAGUAUGACUAUCAGCUACAUUCAGACUGAUGGGAAAUGUGUUUACCAAACAGCACUGGCAAAACGCAAGGUCUGACACACACACACACACACACACACGCACACACACACACAGAGGUAUCAUCAGAUAGUCAACAAUGAACUGCUAUAGGUCUAAUAUGCUGUCUGUUUUUAACCUCUUAAACCCUGACAUUGUUGACCAAACAAGGCAUUAUAUUGUAUACUACGUUCAUGAAGUGCAUUUCAGUUACAGAACUGUAAGUCCAACAAACACAUGCGUAGUACUGUUAGAAAGGUAGGAACUGAUAAAGGUGUCAGAAACUGUGACACCAACAGAGCCUGUGGUACAGCAGGACAAAACAACUGAAAUUCAUAUUUGUAUUAAUUCAUUUUUUUCAGGGAGUGUGUGAGGGGAGAGGGGGGGAGGGGGUUGGGGGGGGGGGUCCCCCAAUUGUCCCCAUGUUGGCGCAUAAGAGAUUUUAAAGUUUCAAAUAAAAUACAUCACCAAUUA